GCAGAGCUGGCCAGAAUGUACAAAAACGAAGGGAACGAGUACUUCAAGGAGAGGGACUACAGGAGAGCUGUCAUCGCCUACACCGAGGGGCUGAAAAAGAAAUGCGAGGACCCCGAGCUGAACGCCGUGCUGCACACCAACCGAGGGGCCGCACAAUUUUACCUGGGUAACUACCGUUCUGCUCUCAAUGAUGCCGUCCGGGCGAAAAAGCAAAAGCCCACCCAUCUCAAAGCAAUCAUAAGAGGAGCUCUCUGUCACAUGGAGCUAAAGAAUUUCUCUGAAGCAAUAGCAUGGUGUGAGGAGGGCUUGCGAAUAGAUUCAAAAGAGAAAAAGCUUGUGGAAAUGAGAGCUAAAGCUGACAAAUUAAAGCGAGCUGAGGAGCGGGAUGCAAGGAAAGCAAAGGUGAUGGAGAAGAAAGAACAGUGUCACAAGGAAAUUUUGCUUGCAGCAAUAAAGGAAAGAAAUAUCAAGCUGGUUCUUGAGCCCUCAGAUGAAGAAGAGGAAAUAUCAGAUGGCCUGGCUGAGAUAUCCUUAGAUGGGUUCCACUCUGACAGCGCCACAGGGGCAAAGGUGCACUUAGAUGCUGAUGGCAACCUGAACUGGCCUGUCCUCUUUCUGUACCCUGAGCACGAGCAAACAGACUUCGUUGCAGCUUUUCAUGAGAACUCCAGGUUUAUUGAUCAUUUAAUGGUGAUGUUUGCUGAGUUACCUCCUUGGGAUUUAGAAAGAAAAUACCUUCCCAGCAAUCUCGAGCUUUAUUUUGAAGAUGGAGAAAGAGCAGAAAUGUAUGAGCUGAACCCAGAACACACAUUGCUGCAAGUGCUGCAGCACAAAAGGUAUUUUGUAAAGGCGGGCACUCCAACGGUGUUGGCGUUUGUAAAGCGUUCUCCUUUCUCUGAGAAGUACUUCUCUGGCAAGAAGGUGCAUCGACUAUAAUGAGCAAGAAUGAAACGAGAGGAAUCCUGUGCAAGAGGCUGCUGUUUGUUAUCCCAGCUACAGACUGCGAACUUCUGCUUGAACAAAAAUACGUUGUGCGCUUCAGGGGAGAAAUAAUCUUGGCACACGGGGAAACUUCCAGGAAAGCAACGCAGGAGAACGAAGAGCUUACAAGAGGGGAUUAUUUGUUUAAAAGGAAAUCCAGCUGGUUUGCAGAAGGUCUCCUCUACGACAGGCUGCAUGUGGUUUUGAAAUAAGCCUGAAGCAGUGCC